UUAGACCAUUUUCUACCUAGCUGGAUUACAAACAGAACGGUGGUACUGGGUUAUAUUUCAUGAAAUACAACACGACGUAGCGUGCUAACUGUCUGCUAAUGUUAACUUCGAAAAAAACUACAAUCCAACUGAAACCAGACUCAACCGCGGAAGCCAAAGACACCGGUUUGGCGAAAGUCAAUAAAGAGUAGAAGAAUUUGACCAGGCUUUCAGGCUCGUUCGUCCCGUUCCGGUCUUUCAUUUCAUCCCUAAUAGCACAGCACACUUGCACCCGACGUGGGUAGGGCACUAUAGAAAGCGGAAGUGGGCCUCCGCCAUAUUUACCGUGUUGUUUCGGCGUUUGCGAAGCACACUUCUAGUGCCCUUCUCUGCAUCUUUUAUCCACACGAAGGGCACGAGCGAUGGAACCCAAGGAUGCAGCCAUGAUAUUCCCGUAUAAAAUGACAGACGAGGACACAGCAAAUUUAAUCAAAUUGCGGGCGUCAAAUGAAGCGCUCUUCACGGGGAAGAGAAACGCAUCCAAGAUUGCAUGGAGGGCAGUAAUAAAAGAGAUGGGCUUGCAAGGGAAGGUAACUUCUGGCCAAGCCAGCAAAAAGUGGGAAAACUUAAAGAAGAAAUACAAGGAGCUGAAGUUCCCUCCUGGAGGAAUGGGCGCUGGAGCGGACAUCACCGCUGCCUCCUGGCACUGGUUCUACCUGAUGAACGAGGCCAUGGAGGGGCGCCUGUCCGCGAGCGCCCCCGCCCUGUCCACCGUGUCCUACGGCGAGGACGAGCCGGACUCCCCCGGGAUGGUCCCGUGCCGCGCCCAGUCCCGAAAGCGGCGGAGGGAGGUGGAGAAGAGCGAAAUGCUGGAGUUCCUGACCAGCGAGGCGGGAAGGGAGGAGAGUCCGGGCAUGGAGGUGAAGGAGGGGGACUCCCUGGAGAUGUACGCGGAGAGGGAGGAGGCAGAGAGCGAGCGGGUGGCCCUGGAGACGGAGCGGGAGAGAGUGGGGCUGGAGGCGGAGAGGGUGGGGCUGCACAUACAGAGGGCGGGGCUGGAGAGGGAGCUGGCGGCCAUGGACAGGGACCGGGCGGCGCUGGAGCGGGAGAAGGCGGGCGUGGACCGCGACAGGGCGGCUGUGGAGCGUGACAGGGCGCUGCUGGAGAAGGACCGGGCCUCCAUGGAGCGGGAGCGGGCGGCCAUGGACCGGGACUGGGCCCUGCUGGAGAAGGAGCGCGCCGCCCUGGAGCGGGAGAGAGCCGGGCUGCAGAGGGACAAGGAGGCGGCGAAGCACGGAGCGCUGGAGGUGAAGAACGACGCCCCCGCCCUGGAGCUGGACGCGGAGUCCCUGGAGAGGCGGGAGAGGUUCCUCUCCUUGUUUGAGAAGCUCAUUGAAAAAUUGUGAGAGAAUAAAAAAACACACUGAUCACUCUCCCAAUCGGCUGUGUAGUCCUGAGCAGCCACACGGAAGACCCAAAUGUACAAAAGAAAAGCCCCAAAUCCCCAGGAGAUCAGCCUGCUGCAUUUAAAACUGCGAUUGCCAGACUUUCAAGAGUGGGUCUUUGUAUAAAACAGGAUCUCUGGCGUCGGGAGGGAAGAGAACCAUCUCUUCUAGCAUCUGUGUCCUUUUGAAUAACAUUUGCAAAGCCAUUAUUGUCUUUUUUUAGAUUGUCUGCGCCAAUCUGCUCACAAUGAAGACGUUAAGCCAUUUCUGUUCUGGAGAGGUCGUUUAAACUUCUUUAUUCAAAUGUGGUAUUUCAGUACAAAUCACAGAUAGGCCAUAGGCUUAACCCCAACCAUACCCCACCACUGAGUCAUACAAUAGCUUUGGCUCAUCAAAGCACAGUAUAUGCUCAAAAUAACACUUUUCUUUGUAAUAUACCAAAUAUUGCAGCUCCUGUAAAAAUUUCCCAAUAUAUAUUUUAUAUUACAGACUUUACAACUGUUGCUUGUGUAUAAAUGCUUCUUUUAUUGCGUCAGCCAUUCAGUUUGGGUCAGUAGCUGGUCAUUUUUGUCCCGCUGUUAUCUAGAUUUUUCUAAAUGUUUGUGUGAAUUGUGAAAUGACCUCCAGAACAAUGUGGUGAUCGGAGGGAUUGUGAGUGGAAGAAAAACAACACUAAUGUCUCGUUUGAGGAGUAAAAUAAAAAAGGUGUAAGCCGA